AUGGCGCAGUGGGGUCGUAUUUCUUCUCCCAGCUGGGCACGGAAGAUGAUCCCGAGAUACCGCAGACACCACAGGGAGCAGACGGCGUCUUCUUCCUGGGAGAGGAAACGUUGCAGCUCAGAGCUGGACAGAGCAGCAGCUUUUCUCCCCAGCCUUAUUUCUAGUGACUAUGUCAGGACCAGCUUUCAGUCAGUCCAAGGAGUGCUGCUCUUUGUGGAUCUGUCAGAUUUCACCUCUUUGACAGAGGACUAUAUCUGCAAGAGUGGUUCACAGAGAGGCACUGAUGAGCUGGCGGAAGACCUCAAUCACUGUCUGUGUGAUAUUUUGGAGGACAUGCUGACUCUUGGAGGUGACGUCUUGAAGUUUGCUGGGGAUUCUGUGCUGCUGCUGUGGAGAGCAAGACACAAUGAGAUGGCCAGGACCAUCAGCCUUGUGGUGCACUGUAGCUUGCAGAUCCAGAAGAAGUACCGGAGGCGUAACGUGCUCACGGGCCCAAAAUUCCAACUUAAGAUAGGGAUCUCUGCAGGGAGUAUGCACUACCUGAGGUUUGAAGGCGAGAGGCAGAAGUACUUCUGUGUCGUUGGCAAGGCCGUGGAUGAUGUCUGUGAGGCCGAAAAGCUCGCAAAAGCAGGUGAAAUUGUCCUCUCAGCCUCCUGCUGGGAGCAUUGUGAGAAGCACAGGCUCAGGACCAGCCAUAUCGCGGGCGAAGCGGCUGUAAAGGUUACGGCCAUGAACCGGAUGUCUUGGUCGGAAUGCCAAGAUGUUUUAGACAACUAUCCACAGAAGCAGAAGUGGUUCUUCAUGGAAAACAAACGACAGAAGUGGUGCAUUCAGAAAUGGCGUUUCCGUGAGAGCGAGCAAAACAAAGAAAAUGCAUCCCGAGAUGACAAUGUGGGCAAAUUGGGCCAAGGGGCACCGCUCGAAGACAGAGUGCCGCAGGACUUCCUCAGCGAGCUACGGCCAGUCACCAUCCUCUUCCUCCACCUGAAUUUUGAUACAAAGAGCAUAGGAUCUUUCCACAGUGUCCUCAAUGAAGUCAGCAGUGUGAUGGAGGAAAUCAUCUAUCCUCACAAGGGUGAAGUGAACAAAGUCUUCCUGUUUGACAAAGGCUGCACAUUCCUCUGUGUGUUUGGACUCCCUGGAGCAAAGCUGCCCAAUGAGAGCAUUCAUGCCUUGCAGAGUGCUCUUCAGAUCUUUAACUCAUGCUCCGAGAUCACUGCAAAUACGGGGGCAGUGUCUGUGGCUGUUACCAGUGGGAUGGCGUUCUGUGGCCUCAUUGGCCACCCUCUGAGGCACGAGUACUCAGUCAUUGGCCAGAAGGUGAACUUGGCAGCCCGGAUGAUGAUGAGCUACUCUGGGCUGGUGACCUGUGAUACCACAACCUAUGCCAGCUCUGGGCUGCCCUCUUGCUACUUCAAGGAGCUGCCGGAGAGAGAGAUGAAAGGCUUCAAACAUCCUGUCACUGUCUAUGAAUAUGUGGGGAUCACCAUCAAGAGCGUAUUUGGCAUGGCUCUUCCCACGAAGAUGCCAGAUAACGCCUCCUUGCUGGGUCGAAAGAAGGAGAUUGACCUCUUUGUCAACUGCUUGGAAGCCUUCAACCGUUUUGGACAAAGGCACAUACUAGCAUUUGAGGGCACAAGGGGCUCUGGGAAGAGCCAAUUACUUAAUCACCUGGCCCAGUUAGGCCAGUCUGCUGGCUACAGGGUAUUUGGCAUGGAACUGCUAGAGAUCAAUGUGAGGCAGUUCUACUCUGCCAUACGUAUUCUGAUGGCGAGGGUGAUGGGCCUCCAUGAGUGUGAAUCGUGCAGUGCCAGGGAGCACGUGCUACAGACAAACCUCAACGGGAUAAUUGAAGAGAGCAACUACUGCCUCCUCAAUGGCCUUUUCCUUGUCAAGUUUCCCGUUUCAGACAAGGUUCGCCAAAUGCAUGAAAUGCAAAGGAAAGAGGAAUUGCAUUCAACUUGGGCAAAAGUGCUAGAGAAGACCAUUGAUAGGAAUGCCAUAUUUGUCAUCGACAACGCCCAUUUCAUUGAUCCUGCCUCCUGGAGUAUCAUGGCACCCCUGCUCUGGAACACCUCUGUCUUCAUGGUCGUGAGCUUAUGUCCCGGCUUUGCAAGAACAGAGAGCUUUCACAAAGCCACAGCAAACAACCUGAUGUCCCAUAAAAUCAUCUACUUCCAUCUGGAGAAGCUGAAACCUUCAGCUAUGGUGCAGAAGCUCUGCCAGGAGCUUGGAGUGGUCAGCGUCCCCAGGUCUUUAGCGAGGCUCCUGGUCCAAAGAAGCUUGGGGAUCCCAUAUUACCUCGAGGAGCUGGUGCGCUUCCUUCGUUGCAACGACAUGCUCUUGUUCCACACCAAGCAGUGGGGUGAAAAAGCAGAGGACAGCUGGGAGAACCUGAACACGCUUGCAGUCCUGGAGUCAUCCCUCACAACAAGCUCAAGGUCCAGCGCAGGGUCUGCGGCCAUGAUCUGCACUGUAAGGCCAGGCGUGAACCUGGACAGCACCGUGCUGCCCAGUAACUUGAAAGAGAUUGUGCUGGCUCAGCUGGACGAGGUCAAGCCGUUGGAGCAGACUCUUUUGAAGUUUGCAGCCAUCAUCGGGCCGGUGUUCACUACCCAGCUGCUGUUAUACAUUCUUCCGAGUAGAAUGAGGCACAAGAUGAAUACCUUGUUGGACAGUCUAGUGCGUGACAACAUGCUGAAGCGGAUAGAGAGCACUGAGGAGCCAGAAGACGUCCAAUAUCCUAGCAAGGAGCCAGCCACCCCUCCGCAGGCAAAGAUUGGUGUGGAGACCUCCCCCCCAAGCAAGCAGAGUGAGGAGUGUCCAUUUGGUGUGCUGAUGUUCCAUAAGCCACUGCUGCAGGAGGCUGCCUACGAGCUGUGGGUCCAGAAACAGCGAGUCACCCUGCACUUCAAGUGUGCUGCCUUCCUGGAGCGGUAUGCACACAAAUGCCAGAGCUGCGGCCAAGGGGACUUUAUUGCCUUCCACCGCGUCGCUGUCAGCAGCACCCAGGAGAAAGGGAGUUGUAAGGACCUUGAUGAUGGGGAUGACUCACACACCUGGAAGGCCUUGGUGCUGGCUGGAAAACACCUGAGGAAGCAGAGGGCCUGCAUCUCUGCAGGUGUUACAGAUACUCAGGAGGAGCAGCAGCAGCAGCAGAAGGCCUUUGUGGAAGAGGAUUUUGGUGCGACUGACAGACGGGACAACAGUGCGUGCUCGUGUGACUGCAAAGGCAUCGUGGAAUCAGUGCUUGUGCCUUUGGUUCACCACUACACAACGCUGGGCAAUGCUGCCAAAGCCUUUUACUAUCUUCUGGAGACUGCAGCUGCCUACCUGCAUGUCUCCAACUACUACAUGGCCCUCAAGAAACUGAAUGAAGCGGACGUUCUGAGGAAGUCUCGAAAGGAUAAAGCGAAUGUGAUAUCCCGCUUUGAAGAUGCCACCUUCUUCAGCCUCAAAGGAGAGGUCUGCUGUGCUGUGGGACGCAUGGAGCUGGCAAAGAAAAUGAUCACAAAGGCUUUGAGCCUGCUUGGAAGGCCAUUUCCCCGGAACCGUGCAGAAGACUUUGUCAGGUCUCAAGUGGAAAAACUGCAGCGUGCCGCUCAUGUUGCCGGAAGAGCAUCCUCCCUUCCACAGGAGGCCCAGAAGAAGAAGCUCGCCUGGCUGCUGCGGCAGAGCCGCUGUCUUUCCUUACUGGAGCACCUCUUCAGGCUGGAGAACACUUCUGUUGGAUGGAGCCUGUCCUGCCUGGCAGCGCGCAUGAGGGCCAGCACAGACACGGCAGUGGACUUCUAUCUCUCAGCAGCCCGCAGCAGCUGUGAUGCUGGCUUGGAAAUGACCAUAUAG